GUUCGUGCAUGUUCAAGAUUGGUGAGGUGGGCGCGUGCUAUUAUCGGAUCCACCAUAUGCAUGUCUUCAAGAUGGCUUGUGGUGGUGAGAACUGUAUAACAGAGCUAUGCGCUGCUCCUGGUCCUGUUCCUUGGACUUGGGACAGAACGUGAUAAGGGAUCUGGCUCCUUUUGUGCAUUGAAUUGUCUGUGUGAGGUUUCAAGGUAUAGCAGUAUCUGGGAUACUGCAUCGUACCGAUACCAUCGUUCAAGAUGCCUGACAGUGCUAAGCCGGUGGUGAAUAUGGGCCUGAAAUUAUUUCCUCCUACGCCCAAGGAGAGACCGACGAACCCGUCGAGAAAACCGAGUACGAGACGACAUGCUAUACCUCAGGAUUCAUCGUCUGGUGUUGAGAGGUCGGAAUCACCCAACUUUGCUUUAUCUUCGGAAAUGGAUGGCAGACAAUCUGCUCUAGAUGGGCGACAGUCUGCCGUGGGAGGAAGACAGACUCCAUCGACUCAACAUGCCGAUAAUGGAUCUAUCAUGGCACCACCACAAGCUCAUCUUCCUUCAGAGUUACCCCCUCGAUCUCACACCUCCUUCUCAGAAGCUCCUACUUUGGUACGGAGCAAUAGCAAUUCCUCACACAUUUCUUGGCCGAAUCGUAUCAAUUCGGGCCCGCCUCGAGAGGAACCAGUAAUGCGGUCAAUAUUUCCAAGAUACAACCCCGAAAUCGCAUUAGAGCAUCAAGCAUACUUUCCCACUCAACAGAGCCCCACGCAUAUCCCAAGGACAGUCAUUAACAGACGCCCGUACUCUCCUAGCAUCGGUGGCAGAAGCCCUCUUCAAAGUCCAGGCAUCGUUGGAGCAGUAUCGCCGGGUCUCUUCCCUCGAGGAAUUCAAGACGAACCGGUCAUGGAGCCAUCAAGUACAAAUGAGCUCAAGGAAUUAUGGAAGGUCGUGAACGGAUGGAAAGUGUCAAGUUCUGAGGGACGAACAUUCUGUCUGAAAAUGACAAGUGAUGUUGAGGAGCCGAUACACACUCUUUCAUCCGCAACGCAACCCUUUUACAGCCUUAAGCUUAUGCCAACAUCGACGUCUGCGCAGAUGACUUUGUUGCGGUUCGACCCCGGCAAAUCGACCAAGAGCACAUCCCCAAAACCUGGCUCGUCCUCGAAAGCGAAAGAAGGGUCUGAAGUUAUGAGCACAACGCUCGAAGAAACGGCCAGACGAUUACCGCCCAACGAUGGGCUUGUGGCCCUCCUGUAUCCCAAAGCUGCUUCAGACUUGGUGAUUGACCUCGCCAACAAGCCAGCUCGAGCAGACGCUGAGCAAGUCAUUGCUUCAGCAGAAAGAGAAUGUGGACGCUUGGUCUGGGACGAAGAUAGUGGAAAAUAUUAUCUUGUCCACCCAGCAAUGUCUACGCCGUUCAUUAUCAUAAUUUCGUCUUCCCCUGCGUGGUCGAAAGUAGAGUAUACCCUCGAGCAUCCCGAAUUACCGCGAAAUCUCGUCCGCUUAGUACGUGAUAGUGCUGGGGUAGGACAUUUGGAGAUCGAUACCGCGGUCGCAGCUCGAAUCGAUUGCUUCUAUAUCGUGGAUGUCGCUAUCUGCGCAAUCAUGCUGGUAGCCGUCACGGAAGAGAAGACUCGCAAUCUUGAGAGAUUUGAAGCCCCACCAUCGAUCGCACCGCAGUCGCCAGCGUCACCUAAUAGGCUAUCAUCCACUUGGACGAAAGGCAAAAGCAAGCGGAAGAACAAGGAGAGGGAUAUCAAAUUUGAGGAAUUCGAGAUGGAUUUGGAAAGUCAGGAUAGCGUGAAAGGCAAGAAGGAGAAGGAGAAGGACAAAGAAGAAAAGGUUCCAGGGCUGUUUGGUAUGAUUUGGAUGCUGAUCAAGUGUUUCAUAUGGGUUUUGACAACCAUCGUGAAAGUACUGGCAAAGAUCAUCAUAUUCCUCAGCAAAUGCUUGACACGGAAGAAGACGUGAUGAAUGGGUAUAUAAUGUUGGAUGGGCGGCGUUUGGAGCGGUUCUGGUAUCGGAUUUUGGUGCUCGAAGUAAUUCUGCUGACGAUCUAGAAAGAGAUCUGUUCGGCGUUCGAAGCAAAUGGUCGAGGACAACUCAGCAUGCAACUUUCGACAUGCCUGAUGGCCAAUUUAACAUUUAUCUCUUGCGUUCCCGCACUUUAUACUUGACUCCCUGCUUAUUAAUUCCCCCGACUGUUGGUGACUUGGCCAUCUUCGCUCGC